AUGUUUAACUAUAUUUAUCAGAUAGUGCCAGGGUUUUUCAUUUUAAUUCAUUUAGUAUAUGCUCAAGAAUGUAACAUAACAGUUUAUGAUAAUUUAUCAGAACGGGUUAAGUUUGCGGACUGUAGUAAAAGAGGUUUUAGCGAAGUUCCACAGUCACUUCCGCGGGAUAUCAACGUUCUGGAUCUAAGUGGAAACAAAAUUCGUCAAAUCAGUAACUACUCUUUUAAAAGUUACAGUUUGUUACACAAUUUAUCGUUGGCUAAAAAUAAACUUCACAUUAUUGAUGAACAUGCAUUUUAUCGAUUAACCCGUUUGACGUUUCUGAAUAUGGCCGACAAUAUUUUGAACCUGAAAUAUGUUUAUACACCAAGCAUGUUUUUACCGUUGCAAAAUUUAACAAAUCUGGAUAUACGACGGAAUAUUCCGAAUCAACCGACUGUGGAUUUAUACCAUUAUCCUGAUCAAGCUUUUGCUGUUUUAAAAAAGCUAGAAUAUUUGGCAGUAGAUAUGGCUCCAAAUCCGAUUUUCGGAAUAGGAUUUCAAGAGCUGAAAAAUCUGAAAUCAUUAACGUUUGAAUUUUGUUUUUUAAAAUAUUUACGAGGAUACACAUUUGAAAACUUUUCAUCGAAUCUAGACGAAUUGAAAUUGACUAGAUGUCAUUUAAAUUUUUUGGAAGUGGAAAGAAAUGCUCUUUUCCCUUUUCCUAAUAUUACCAAAAUACAUUUUGAAGAAUCAUGCAUGCAUCUGAAACAGGCUCUUAACAUGCUGUCGCCAUAUGAAGGCAAGACUAUUGAAAUAAUAAAUUUUAGAGGUCUUAACUGUCCAAUUUUCAAUAACAAGGAAUAUCCGUUUUCAUUAAAAGUCACAACAGACAUUAUGAGAUAUUUGAAAACUGUUUGUGUAGAAACGUUAGAUUUAUCAGACAACGGGAUAGUUGAUUUUGAUGAAAACUCGCUAUUGUCAUUUGAUCGACCAGAGUGUUUAAAACAUUUAUAUUUUAAAGGAAACCGGUUUGCGUUUGCUUAUGGAAGACAAAUGGACGAGUUAAAAACAUUAUUUAACAAAUCUGUUACAUUGAAAACAUUUGAUUAUUCUUAUAUUCCAGUUCGAUAUAAGCUAUACGCAAAUGAUUUUCGUCAAUAUUACGGAAAAGAUUAUCAUUUGUCUAACAAUGUGAUAUAUUUGCCUCGUUCUUUAGAAAAAUUAGUUUUGGGUAAUGUACUCUGUGAGGAUAUUUCUAGAUUGUUCUUUGUACGUCGAGGAAGCAAUUUGACUUACCUAGAUGUGUCGUUUAGUUAUACAAACAAUGCUGUAGUUUUUGAAGGAAACGCCUCAUACAAAAUUGAAACUUUGGUCUUAGAUGGUCAUUUUCACGUGACAUUGUACACAAUUGAGAUGGUUAAUUUAAUAGAUGUAAAAUAUUUAUUGUGGAGAAGUGCCAGUUUGUUUUAUAUGAUGCGUGCUCGGUCAGAUGACAUGCUUCUUAAAAGAUUUAUAGCACUUUUUAGAAAAUUUGAAUCCCUAAAUCAUUUGGAUUUGUCAGAUAAUAGUCUUGAUAUUUUACCAGAAAAUUUAUUCAUUAAUAUUGAUCAUCUAUCAGAAUUAUCUUUGUCUACGAAUUUGUUUCAGUCCACUCCAAGCGAGAUAAUUUCUCAAAAUGAUAUCAAAGUACUUGACCUAAGAAGCAACUUACUACCAACAAUAGAUUAUAAAACUCGUGUUUGGGCGGAUUCAAUGAAUCAAAAACAUGGUUUAGAUUUUCUUCUUGCUGACAAUGCAUUUGAAUGUAAGUGCGACAAUUUGGAUUUCAUAAAAUGGAUACAAGAAACCAAAGUAAAUCUAGACAAUAGAUCAUACAAAUGUACACUUUUAAACGGUACUGUGAUAACCGUACUGGAAGCAUAUGAAAACAUGAAUGCAUUAUUUUCCCACUGUAGAAAUUCAAUAUGGCUGAUGGUCUCUUCCAUUUUAUUAGGAACAAGUUGUAUCUUGACUUUGAUAGUUUUAUUAUACAAUAGACGAUGGAACAUAGCUAUAUUUUUUUAUCGCAUAUUUCGAAAGAUUGUCGAAAAAAAAUAUGGUAAGAAAUACACAUAUGACGUUUUUGUGUCGUAUGGAGGGGAUUGCAUACCUUGGAUUAAAAAAUAUUUUAUUCCGAAACUAGAAGACGAAUGGAAACUUAAAAUAUGCGUUAAAGAUCGCGACUUUUACGGCGGAGAGUCAUUUUAUGACGCAGAGGCAGAGAGCAUAGAAAACAGUAGACAUGUUAUAUUUUUACUUACUCCAAUAUUUAAAGUCUCGCAAGACUGUCUGUUUGAAAUUGAUAGAGUGAAACAUGAAAUAAGUAUGCAGAACAUUGAAAAUGUCAUAGUCAUAUCUAAAGAUAUAACUUUAAAAGAUAUACCUGAAGGGCUUACUCAUAUUUGGAAUUAUGUUUUGUUCAUCCAAUGGUCAGAAGACUGUAAUGAUCAUGCUAUAACAUGGCAAAAAUUGAGAAAGUGGAUUUCUGGUGAUUUUCUGUAUUAGAAUGUAUGAUCCCAAAUUAAUGCAGUGCAGACGACAGGGAUAUCGAAAAAAACAAUUAACAAAUAACAUUUAAUAAACAAGAUCUGAGUUUUUUUGUAUUCACCUUUAUCGGCAACGCUUUAAGUAAACAAACAUUUUAACCAAUGGGAUAUACUAACCGAAACACGUGAAGAGCUUUUUUAACAUUUAAAUUAUAGCAGACUAUAUAUAAGGUAAAUUGUGUAUCAAGGUUCAGUUGAUAAAACUUAAUGCCCUUGUUAUUUUCAAGAAAUCUUUAACUGGUGCUUUAUGCUGGAGAGUUCGAAUUCCAAAACGUUUGAAUAAUGUGCGUUAACCAAAAUUCAGUUAAGACGUUCAAAUGAAAAUGUCUUACAUUUACCGAAGUUAGAGCUCGUUAACCCUGUGUUUGUUUAGCUAGUACACUAAUACAUCAUCUUUAAACAUAUGUCAGAUGUAAAAUGUUUACAGAACACUUGAAAUAAAGGUGAUUUAUUGUUAAUGCUAGCUUUUUGUGAACAUCAUAAACAAACAACAUUUCUAUUUAAAAGUUACCACGAUAGUUUAUUCAACAUGUUCGAUACAGAAAUAUAUAUAAAAACCAUUUUAAU